GCCCCUGCGGAGGAAGCCACGCCUCCUUUGUCUCUACUUUGCGUUUCUUCCGGCUUCGGCGCAAGGGACGCCGGGAGGUGUAGUUCCUCCUGCUCCGCCGCCGCGAAGAGACCGAGUAAGGCGCCAUCUUGGUCGUCACAAGCGCCGCGAGAAGAGGAGGAGAAGGCGAAGGAGAAAGAAGGGGCAGCCAAUCCGGAGGGGAGGCGCUUGACCUGCCAAGGGGCCCGGCUAGGCCUCGACGCCGAGGAGAAGGAGGAGAAGCGUCUCUUGAGGUUAACCUGGCAAGUCACAGAGAUGUCCCUUCACAACACGAGAGCUUCAGCUCUCCUUGCCUGGGUGAACAGCCUGAAGCUGGGUGAAAGCCUGAGUUCGUUGUCUCAGCUCCAGGACUGUAGUGUCUUCAUCAAGAUCAUCAACAAAAUCCAUGGCACCGAAGAGGAACAGACCAUUUUGCAGCAAAAUAUGCCAGACCGGGUUGCCUAUGUUGUCAGCUUUCUUGAAAAAAGCUGCAAACACAAAUCAGCCGCGCAGAACCUGGUGUCGGAGGAGAAGCUUCUGGCAGCUGAUGAGCUGGAACUAGCCAAGGUAGUGAUGUUGCUGCUCUAUUAUGCUUCUAUGGGUGACAAAAUUCCAAGAGAGUGGACAACGGUUGAGUAUGAUCUCCAGACGGAGAUGGCCAAGUUUCUCAAUUUCAUGCUGUACAAUGAAGAUUGCCUGGGUGAGAACCUGGAGAUCUUUCUCCAAAAGAAAAUGCCGGAGUCGUCCAGUGUGUCCAGCGCCAUUGUGGAGGAGAACACCCCUCCCAAGCGAGAGGUACACUUCCUGAAGCUGCAGAAAGUGGCAUCUUCAUCCAGUGGGAACAAGUCACUCCCUGGCUCCUCUCCUUCUCCCAUCGGUGACAUCAUGCAGACACCUCAGUUUCAGUUGAGGAGGCUGAAGAAUCUUCUGGAAGCGGAGAGAGAAAACCGAGAUGAGCUGGAACACGAGUUGGCGGAGAAUCGGAAGCUCAUCGAUGAGAAAGACACACGGAUCUUGAUGAUGAAGCAGCGAAUUGACCGCCUCACCCUCCUCCACGAAAGGCAGGCUGCAGAUCAGGUGGAGCCCAAGGAGAUGGAGGAGCUCCGGGAAAAGAAUGAAAGUCUCCUCAUGCGCCUGCACGAAACACUCAAACAGUGUCAAGACCUGAAAACAGAAAAGGGCCAGAUGGACCGGAAAAUCAACCAGCUCUCAGAAGAGAACGGGGACCUCUCUUUCAGGCUUCGAGAGUUUUCUCGCACCCUUACGGAACUUCAAGGCGCCAUGAAUGAGCUCUCGGAGGAACACGAUAAAGCCCUGAGGGAAUGGGAGGAGAGGAGAAGCCGCCUGGAAACUGAGCUGCACGGCACCCUCGGCGAGAAGAGAUCCUUAGAGGAGAAGGUGGAGAUCCUGCAGGGGAAGAUCUCCCUCCUGGAGGAUCAGUUCACCAAGCUAAAGGAGAGCAUGUCUCUGCCAGAGAAAGGCGAGGUCAUGAGUGAUGUCUUAAAGCAGCUUGCAGACUUGAACCAACAAGUGAGCGAUCUGAGUGGCAAGCAGGCUGAGCUUCAGGCAAGGGUCCUCGGCCUUGAGGAGGAGAAGCGCCUGCUAGAGGUCAACCUUCAGUCCGAAAGGAGGAGCUUUGAUGCUGAGAAGGUCCAUCUGACAGGCCUCCUGACUGACCUGCAGAAGUCUGCCUCUGAGAUCUCUCGUGCCAAGGAGCAGCUGGAGCAGGACCGCCAGGCCCAGGAGGCGCGCUUGGUGGCCCAGGUCAGAACCCUGACAGAAGAGAUUGCAAAGCUGACAGGCUGCCUUCACCAGAAGGAUGGGGAGCUGCUGGCUCUGCACCAGCAGGUGGAAAUGGAGAGGAUCCAGAAAGGGCAGCUAGCAGAGGACCUGCAGAAAAACGAGCAGGUGUCUCAGGCAGCCCUUCAGGAGCUGAACCUCCAGGUGGAACACCUGAACAACACCCUGAAGCAGAGUGGGGAGAAGCUGGCCCAGGUGGAAGCCGCGGGCCAGGAGGAGUACAACAAGGCUGCCCAGGAGAAGGAGCUGGCCCUUCGGCAGCUCCAACAGAAGGAAGCAGAGCUGGCUGCCCUUGGCAAGCGGCUGACGUCUCUGGAGCAGGCCCGGAGCACCUCUGUGGUGGAGGCUCAGCGGGAGAAGGCUGAGCUGAACCAGAAGAUCCAGGAGUUGGAGGCCAGGGCCUUAGCCCUCACGGCCCAGUGUCAGCAGAGCGAGGCUCAGGCAGGAGCCAUGCCGGCAUUAAAGAGCCAGCUGCGUGAGGCCCAGCAGAGACUGGCUGAGAAGGAGAGGGUGUCGAAGGAGAACACACGCCUCCAGGAGCGUCUCCUGAUUCUGGAGGAGUCUGUCCGUAACACCGAAGGCAUCUUGGAAGACGAGAAGAGGAGGGCCGGAGAGUCCCUGGAAAGCAACCUCCGGCGCAUCGCUGAGUUGGAGGAGCAGAUCCAGGAGCUGGUCAAGGAUCGGGACCAAGCUGCUCGGAAGGUGGACGCGGAGAAGGCCCAGAGGCAGGCUCUGGAAGGCCAGGUGCGGGAGAUGGGGGAAGAAUCCAGGACCAAAGUCCAGGAGCUUCAGCAGCAGGUGGCAGAGCUGUCCUCGGCAACCAAAGGGCAGAGUGGGGAGGAGAAGGUCCAAGCACUGGUCCGGGAUCGGGAGCAGCUCCAGCAAAAGCUGAAGGCCGAACAAGAGAAGGUGGCAGAAGCGGAAGCCCAGAUGAAGCGCCUCCGUUCCAAGCACCAAGAUGCUCUGGCUGAGCUGCAGGCCAGUUUGUCUCUUGCGCAUUCCCAGGCCAAGGCCAGAGAGGGGGCGGAGGAAAAGCUUAGGGCAGAGGUGGCUUCUUUGCAGGAGGAAAUAGCUGCCUCUCGCCAAGAAGCGGCCCAGAGUUUGGCCAAAGCUCAAAAGGAUGGGCACGAAGCAACCCGAGCCCUGGAAGCUGCCACCAGAGACCUGGCUGAGGCGAAGCUCAAGGGCGCAGAGCUGGAGGCCAAAGUGAAGCAACUGAGUGAGCAGAACCAAAAAGAGCUGACCACCGCCGAGUCCAGUCUCUCCAGCAUCAAGUCUUCCCUGAAGGAGAAGGAGCAGGAGGUGGUGCAGUUUUCUACGCAGGUGAAGUCCCUCAAGGCCAAGCUAGAGGAGGCCACCCAACAGCAGAAGCGGGAGCUGGCCCUGCGCGAGGAGGAAAGGAAGCGGCUGGCUGGGGAGGAGGAGCAAGCCAAGGCUGAGCUAGCCACGGAAAAGGCUGCCAAGGCUGCGCUGGAGGUCCAGCUGCAGAACCUCACCAAUGAGCACCGCGUGGAGGUCUCCGGCCUGCAGGAGGAGGUGGCCAGGGCCCAGGAGCUGGCGGCAGAGAAAGAGCGGGAGCUGGAGGAGCUGCGCCUGAAGAACGUCUCUCGCAGUGAGGAGCUCCGGGACCUGCAGAAGACUGUCAGCAAGCUGAAAGGGGAGCUGGCCUCCGUGGAGGCGCUGAAGGAGAGGGAAGCCAAAAUGGAGAGGGAGCUGCAGGGCUUCCUGGAAGUGGCCCGGACCCGGGAAGCAGAGCUAGAGAGCAUCAAGGCCACCCUUCGCUCCAAGGAGCUCUCUCUGAAAAAUCUGGAGGAAGAGAAGCGCCUCCAGGAGCAGGAGUGCUCCUCCAGCCGGGAGCUCUGCGAGAAGCAGCUGAAGGAGUGCGAAGGGCUCCGGGAGCAGGUGGGGAAGCUGGAGCGGCAGAGCAAGGAGCUGCAGAGCACCAUUGCCAAGCUGGAGAAGGCAGCAGCCACCUCGGAUCAAGAGCAACACGCAGAGGCAGAGGCCUCAAAGCAGGAGGCGGCGCAGUACAAGCAGAGAGUCUCGGAGCUGGAAAAGCUGCUACAGGCUGCCAAGGCCGUGCAGGAAGCCACUGUGGAGAAGCUGAAGAGGGAGAUUCAUAGCAAGGGGGAGGAACUGGCCCAGAGUAGGGAGGCCGCCUCGAAAGCGGAGAAGGAGCUGGCGUCCCUGCGGGCCUCUGCUCAGGAGAAGGGCAAGUCCGAGGAGAGCUGGAAGGAGCAGAUGUCACGAUGCCUCCAGGACGCCGAACGCAAGGCUAGCCUCAUCAGCAGCCUGGAACAGGAGAUGUCCAUCAUGCACAGGCAGCUGCUGGAGAAGGAGGCCGAGAGCAAGGACCUGCGGCGGCUGGUCCUGGCUGAGUCUGAGAAGAGCAAGAAGCUGGAGGAGCGGCUGAGACUCCUCCAGUCCGAGAUGGCCACCGCCGCUUCCCGGGCGGCCGAGAGGUGCUCCGCCAUGAAGGUGGAGGCGCAGAACUACCAGGAGCAGGCGGAGAAGCUGCGGGUGUCUGUGGAGGCCCUGAAGAAGGAACUGGGUGCGCUCUCCAAGCGGGAGGAGGACCUCUGCAAAGAGCUCAAGGCCUGGCAGGAGAAGACCUUCCAGAAGGACCAGCUCCUCUCCGCCCGGCAGCAGGAGCUGGCUAGCGCCCAGGCCCUGAUAGGGGAGCUGAUGCCCAUCAAGCUGCUCUACCAGCAGCUGCAGGUGGAGCAGGCCUCCCAGGAGAGCAAGCACCGGCAGGAGGCCGAGCAGAUGCAGAAGGCAGCCGGCGGCCUCCAGGCAGAGCUGGCCCGGACCAAGAGGGAGCUCGCUGAGCUGCUCUCCACCAAGGACCGCUUCCUGGAGCAAGAGCAGGCCGUCCAGCGGCUGCAGGCAGAGAACAGCAGUUACACGGAGCAACUAGCCACCCUCCAGCGGGCCCACGCCCAGCUGGCAGAGGAGAACAGGGCACUGAGCGAGCGGUCCAGCCACGGACUGCAGCGCUUGGACGCUGAGUUGGCCCAAGCCAAGCAGAAGUACACUCAGGAGCUGGAGGCCGCCAAGGUGGACUCUGAGAAAAUGAUGGCCGCCACCAAGCGGGAGGCUGAAGAAGCCCAGAAGAAGUUGGAGACCAUGACUAACAAAUAUGAGGAGGCAAAGCAGAAGCUGCUGACACAGGUGGAGCAGCUAGAGGUAUAUAAGAAAGAGCAAGCUAAGCAGGUGGACGAGCUGAAACAAAAGUUGUCUCAGCAAGAGAAGGCUGGCCAGACCCAGCAGCAGAAGGCGCAGAAACGUGAAGAAGAACUGCAAGCCAUGGUGAGACAGGCAAACGAAAAGGCAGGCGAGCUUCAGGCGCAGCUUACGCAGAAGGAAAAAGCCACGGAACAUUACAAGGCCCAGAUGGAGAAGGCCAAAACACAUUACAAUGCAAAGAAGCAGGAGAACCAAGAGCUGGCAAAGAAGCUGAAAGGCCUGGAACAGCUGGAGAAAGAGAACAUGGAACUGAAGGCUGAGUCGGAGCGUCUGGUCAAAGAGCUGCAGCACACAGUGAUGCAAGCAAAGGAGUCUGAGCUCAGCUGCAAGAACCUCACCGGCCGCAUCCGGAGCCUGGAGGCACAGGUGGAGUUUGCCGAUCGGCAGCUGCGAGAGCAGGGCAAGUUCCAGGUGGCCACAGACACCCUCAAGAGCCGCGAAACCUUCCGUCAGAGCGUUGCCGACAUCAGCAACGACAGCCUGGACUUGAGCGCCAGCGAGGAAACCCAGCCCCUCAACUCCACCAGCCGGAGGACUCGUCGUUCCCUCUCAGAGUCUGGGCCAGCAGAGCGGUCCAAAGCCUCCCAGACGCAGCUGCCUCGCAAGAUGGAGUCCCUGGAGAGCCUCUAUUUCACUCCGAUCCCCACCCGCUCCCGCUCCAAACUGGAGAACAGCAUGGCUUCCGCGACCGACACUUCCUUUGAGUCUGGGCACAAGACCUUCUCCGGCCGACGGCGCACCACACAGGUCAUCAGCAUCACCAUGACCAAAAAACGUGCCGAGAGAGAGGCCCCUGUCAGCCCCAACGAGUCCUUCUUCAGCAUCCAUUCUGAGGGCAGCACCCAGGCCUCCAGCCAGGAGACGGUCAAGACCCGCCUGCGCUCGGCCGCCACGUCCUCCACCGGCUCCUUGCCCAGCCUCCCCUCCCAGGAGUCCCUCAACCGGCUAAGCUCCUCCUCCCCCAACGACACGGCGGCCAGCAACGCCGCUCUGAUGAGCCUCCCUGGCUACCGGCCCGCCACCCGCAGCAGCUCUCUGAGGCACCCCCAGCCCACUGCCGGAGGGACCGGAACUGGCCGCCGCCGCAGCAGCAGCUUCUAUGUGGGCUCUUGCCACGAUGAGCCAGAGCCAUUGGACGAAUGGAACCGAAUUGCCGAACUGCAGCAGCGCAACAGGGUCUGUCCGCCUCACCUCAAGACCUGCUACCCACUGGAGUCCAGGCCCUCUCAGUCCCUGACCACCAUCACAGAUGAAGAGAUUUUGACCGGCGACCCGAAGGAGACGCUCCGAAGGGCCACUCUGCUGCCCUCUCAGGUGGCGGAAGGCCGGAGCACCCGCCGCAGCACCCUGAGCACUGCCUGGGCAGAAGGAGGCAUUGCCACCCGGCAGCAAAGGAAGCGCCUUUCGGACGACUCCCAGCACGGCCCAGGCACCCCCGAGUCCAAGAAAUCUGCCAGCUGCUUCCCACGGCCUCAAACCCCCAAAGGCCGGACUGAGGAGAACAAGCACAGCAGCCAAGUGGGAAGCAAGAAAGCUAAGGGCCAGGCAGCUGACAAACAGCCGGAGAGGCGCCAGUCCCUGGCCUUCACCCUCCUGAACACACCCAAGAAGCUGGGCAACAGCCUCCUCCGCCGAGGGGCAAACCGGAAAGUGACUCCCAAAAACUCACCCCGGGGCGGCAUCCGGAAGUCUCCCAGGACAUCUGCGUCUCCCAGGGGCAAGGCCAACAACACCAAGUUGCUGAGAAACACAAAAUUCUAAUCUGGCCUUUCCUGGCUGGGAAAGAGCCCUUUUCUUCCCCUGCUGCCCUGGGCCCCAUCUCCCCCAACCGAGAGGGGUCCGGAGCUGCCGCCACCACUGCUGCCGCCGCCUGAGUCACCUGCCCGCCCGCUGCCUUUCCCCUUGCUCUCCUCCUCCUGCUCACACAGGCCCUUUUAAGGCAUUCACACCCCCUCCCCACCUUCAUACAGUGUGUUGGGUAAAGCCAGCUUGGAAGGGCCACACACCUGCCUGUGAGCGUGCGCUGGGGAUAUUUGCCAGCAAAUUGAGAGCAUCUCCAAAGCAUCCUGGGCGUCAAUCCAGAAUCAGAAGCAUUGGGCAAAGCUGGGCAAGGGACUGGGAUCGGCUCUGUAAAAACCAUGGAGCAGGCCCACUUCAUGCGAAGCAAGGUUUUCCCAAUUGAGACCAGCGCUGCUGCCCCUUUUCCAGAAGUUGGGUGCAGAAGGGAGUUAUGAGCAUGCGCAUUUGCAGCACCUGACUUCCCCUAUCCAUGCUGUGGACAGUUCUUCGUCCUCACAUCAGUCCCAGCAAAGCUGCCCCCUCUCAAGAUCACUUUUUUUUGCGGAAAAGCCCAGAAUUGCUGAAAAAUGAAUACUUCCGUCAAAAGAACCAGCUCUUUGGUCCAGAAGGGAAUGGGAAACCGCUCGUCCCGAGCCUCCUGCACAAAGCAGCACUGUUCUUCCAAAGCGUCUUCCACCUGUUUCCCAAAGUCACUGGAGAGCCUGAAUGAGAGCAACGUGUACCUGCGAGAGCAGCAAAGCAAGGUGUUCUUGGGAGGAGGAGGAGGAGGAGUGGGGGGGGGAGGCCUCUUCUUGGAGGAGAGAGGGAGGGAUGGAGGGAGGGGGCACAAGCAAAAGCGCUUUGUACAGGCCAGCCUUCCCCUUCCCUUUUCCCCACACAGGCUUUCCUUAGCUGUGUCGCUUUGUAUUGUACUCUGUAGGCACUGCUGUGGGGGGGACCCUUCAGCGCAGUGUUCCUCGGGGAGCCGGCGGCAGGUGGGUGGGUCCGAGGUUAGCUGUGCCAGGGAGUGAGGGGAGCCCACCAGGUCACAAUCCAGCCCGGUCGGAGUGGAAACACAACAGGGCAGCUCUCCCUCAUUGCCAGGGGUCUGGAGCCAAGGGGAUGCCCAGAAAGGGGGUCUUUCCCCUCCUCCUCCCCUCCUCCUUUGCCCCGGGGGUGGUGCUGGGGCCCUGCUCCCUGUGAGAGCAUUUGCUCCCCCUCUUUCUGGAGGGGACUCUCUUUCUCUUGCUCCUGCAGGGAGCAGAGCCCCUCAGCUGGAAAGGCCCAGAGAAGGAGGCUUGGUGGGCAGAAGGGGGUCUUCCUUCCCUCCUUCCUUCCUCAGUUGGGGGCUGCCCCGGCGAGAGGGCUGCUGUCGCGGCCUGGGGGAAAGGACACUGCCUGAGGGGGCCCCCCGCAAACAGCCCUCUCAUUAUCCGCCUUCGUAGAGAGUUUAGCAAUCAGAUGUGUCAUUUUGAAUAAUGUUUUUACAUGUAAAUAAAUGGUAUUUUUCUCCCA